AUGGGGGUGAACGCCGUGCACUGGUUCCGCAAGGGGCUGCGGCUCCACGACAACCCGGCGCUGCGGGAGUGCAUCCAGGGCGCCGACACGGUCCGCUGCGUCUACAUCCUGGACCCCUGGUUCGCCGGCUCCUCCAACGUGGGCAUCAACAGGUGGCGAUUCCUGCUUCAAUGUCUUGAGGAUCUUGAUGCCAAUCUACGGAAACUGAAUUCACGUUUGUUCGUUAUUCGUGGACAGCCAGCAGAUGUUUUCCCCAGGCUUUUUAAGGAGUGGAAUAUUGCAAAACUUUCUAUUGAAUAUGAUUCUGAACCAUUUGGGAAGGAAAGAGAUGCGGCAAUUAAGAAGCUGGCUAGCGAAGCCGGAGUGGAGGUCAUUGUUCGAAUUUCCCAUACAUUGUAUGACCUAGACAAAAUAAUAGAAUUAAAUGGAGGACAGCCUCCUCUUACUUACAAGAGAUUCCAGACCCUAAUUAGUAGAAUGGAACCACUGGAGAUGCCAGUGGAGACUAUAACCCCAGAAGUAAUGGAAAAAUGUACUACUCCAGUUUCUGAUGACCAUGACGAGAAAUACGGUGUCCCAUCACUUGAAGAGCUAGGUUUUGACACAGAUGGUCUGCCUUCUGCAGUAUGGCCAGGGGGAGAAACAGAAGCUCUCACACGAUUGGAAAGACAUUUAGAGCGAAAGGCUUGGGUAGCAAACUUUGAAAGACCACGAAUGAAUGCAAAUUCCCUUCUGGCAAGCCCAACAGGGCUAAGUCCCUACCUCCGCUUUGGCUGUUUAUCCUGUCGUCUCUUUUAUUUCAAGUUAACGGAUCUGUACAAAAAGGUAAAAAAGAACAGCUCCCCUCCCCUCUCCCUCUAUGGCCAGCUGUUAUGGCGUGAAUUUUUCUACACAGCGGCGACUAACAAUCCACGGUUUGAUAAAAUGGAGGGGAAUCCUAUCUGUGUUCAAAUUCCAUGGGAUAAGAAUCCUGAGGCUUUGGCCAAAUGGGCAGAAGGCAGGACAGGUUUUCCUUGGAUUGAUGCGAUUAUGACGCAGCUUCGUCAAGAAGGUUGGAUUCACCAUUUAGCCCGGCAUGCUGUAGCAUGCUUUUUGACUCGAGGUGACCUCUGGAUUAGCUGGGAAGAAGGAAUGAAGGUCUUUGAAGAGCUCUUACUUGAUGCAGAUUGGAGUGUGAAUGCUGGAAGCUGGAUGUGGCUAUCCUGCAGUUCCUUCUUUCAGCAGUUUUUUCACUGCUACUGUCCAGUGGGUUUUGGCAGAAGAACUGACCCAAAUGGGGAUUAUAUCAGACGUUAUUUGCCAGUACUUAGAGGUUUCCCUGCAAAAUACAUCUAUGAUCCUUGGAAUGCCCCAGAGAGUGUCCAGAAGGCUGCAAAAUGUAUUAUAGGAGUUAAUUAUCCCAAACCAAUGGUAAAUCAUGCAGAGGCAAGCCGUCUGAAUAUUGAAAGGAUGAAACAAAUCUACCAGCAGCUUUCACGAUACAGAGGACUGGGUCUUCUUGCAACAGUGCCUUCUAAUCCAAAUGGAAAUGGAAAUGGUGGCCUAAUGGGCUAUUCACCAGGAGAAAGCAUUUCUGGUUGUGGUAGUACAGGAGGAGCUCAGCUGGGACCUGGUGAUGGUCAUACAGUUGUUCAGCCGUGUGCCCUGGGAGAAUCUCAUACAGGAGCAAGUGGAAUUCAGCAGCAAGCGUUAUUGGCAGAGAAGAUACCACUCAGAGAACACACAGGACAAAAUUCCUGCUACUCUAUAUUGGAACUAAAGUGUGUUGAGAGUACCUGUACUAAAAUGACAUACUUUUUCCUAAAUUAUUUUCAGUUGUUCUCAGUUGUAAACAAGUCCAAUUUUUAGAAUGCUUUAUUUGUAACUGGCAUUUCUAUGGUUUUUAACUUUUUGAUGAUUCUUUCACAAAGGGCAAAUUAAGUUUUGUAUAUAAAGUAUUUGGUGAAGAAUUUGCUAACUUAAUGUAAAUAUAAACAUGAUUAGCUAUAGACCCAUCAAUAUAUUUUUGAUAAUCUUUCAUGUAUGUGGUAGUAGGAAAAGCUGUAGUAAUGUUCUAUAAAAUGGAUGGACAUAGAAGGUUUUGAAGUUUUUAAAUUGUUAUUAUUUUUAGAUUCCAGAACUUGACCUCUGUAUGAUCAACUUCAUAUUUUCAUAAUGUAAGUGCUUAGAACUGUGUUUAAUCAAAUACAGUAGAGUUGUAACCUUUAUUAAUCACAUCUGUAUAUGUCAUACGCCAAUUUUUGUCAAGUUGUAAAAUUUUCAUGUAUAUGUCCAGUCCUUGUAUUUCCCAGUUGCCUUGUUCAGUAAUGACAUACCUUGUUAAUAAAAGGAAAUUGUAUAUAUAGAUA